AAUGCAAUGGCCGCCAUCUUCGACUCUUGUGAAUGUUUUGGUCGUAGUUACGAACUUUGAGGCCUAUUUCAUUUGUGAUAUGCAAUUAUUUGAUGGGAAUCGUUUCGCCAGAUCGUGAGUGUUAAUAAAUCUUUUGUUUACAGUCACAUAAAAUAAGUUUGGAGGCGGAGGUGCUCUCCAAGGCGUCAUCUCGGGCUUGACCCAAGAUGAUAGUAUUUACAGCAUGUCAGCUUCAUCAGGAUAUGAAACAGCGGCCCGGCAAGAUUACGGGCCGACCACCUCCAGUGAAAAUGUAUUGGAACACAAACUAACAGAUACUAUGAAUAUUUCAAAUAUUAGACCUCCUGUGCUAAGGGCAUUGCCCACUUCUCCCACUAACGGCGAUCCUGAGCCUGAUUCCACUAAUCCUGAAAGUAUUAUACAAUCUGUACACAACAAAGUAGAUAAAGAAGUAGAAUAUCAUAUUGCAGAGAAAACUUGUGAAACCGAGAUGUCUGUUGAUUCUCUAUCAGGUAUAGUCAGGAUUGAGGAGGCAGCCAUUGAUAAUAUUGGUCAUAUUGCAUACCCAAUGAUACAAGAAGGAGAUGAUUCAAAUGAUGGUAACUAUGUAGAGAACCCGGCAACUCUUAUUCAAGCUCCACUGAAUACUGCUAUUGUUCACAAUGUGUCAAAGUUACCUCAAAACUUCACUAUUAAUGUUAACCCGAGUGUUGGAAAUUUGACAGCUAUACAUAAUGUCUCUCAAGAUGUAUCUGGUGGUCAGACUCUCUGGUUGCCUACAAUUCUUGCUACUAGUGCUGCUACUACCGAUAAUAAGAGUGACGAUGAAAGGCCUCAAGCAGGUGUUUCGCAAAUCAUAAUCAGUGACAGUUAUGUCCAUGAUGCCAGUCAAGGAGCAAGAAGAGCCAAUAUUGUCACAGAGACAAGCUAUAUAAGUAGACCGAAGACUUCUAAAGUCCAAAUACUAAGCAAUAUAUCACUUCCAAAGAAUGCAAAUUACUCACAACAAUAUAUUACAGGAAAAGAAAUUGCUACUCCAGUGUAUGGUACACAGAAUCAUAUUUAUAAAUUCAGUCCAAAUGUAGUGACACAGAAACAUUUGAAUAAUUCAGUACUUUGUGCUAAAUCCCCAAAGAGUCAAUCAUUGAUUGGUUGCUCGACGCUUGGCCCUAAUAUUAUCAAUAGCAGUCCAGUUAAGAAUGUAUCUUACAGUCACACCUUUACAAAGGGCACAAAUCUAAACAAAACUCUAAACAAAGUAAAUAAUGGUGCUAAUGUGAGUACUUUGGUAGCUGCUUCUUCAGGAAAUACACAAUGCCAUAUAUUAUCUCGUGUAGUGUCUGGUCCAAACAAAAUGUCUGUACAUUCGGGAAAAAAAUCUGUUAAUACUUUCAAAGGACCUAAGACUUCUAGCCAAGUGUCUAGCCAGAAAAAUCAGUCUAGAGCUAUUAAAAUAAUACAGCAAACUGGGACUGUCAACAAAUCUGAAACAAAAACAUGGCCCGUUGCCAAUGUCACAUAUAAGACCCAACAGCCAUCAUAUGGAGUUGUGGACACCAAUGCUUCAAAGAUCAUACAGAAAGUAGGAAGUCCAACUCAUAAGAGUCAACAACAAAUGUCCAUACAAAAGUUUCCAGCAAAAGGUGAACGUUUGGUACUUCAAUCACCAUGUGGUCCAGUAUUGAUUUCUACUGCACCUAUAAGUACAAGCUUGGCAAAGGGUCCUCAUUAUGUACAAUCAGGGUCUACUCCUAACUUACGCUAUGUACAGACCUAUGGGACAGCAGAUAAUCAACUGUCUACUGUGUCACAAGUAUCAGCCAAUCAGCAACUGACAGCACAAAUAUUGCAGUCUCUUUCCCAGCCUAAGCUUAUGUUACAGACUAGUCCAACUCCAAUUCUUAAUAACUCUCCAUCACCUCCAGUACCGCCAAAUACCGCUGUGAUUGAAGAACCACUUGGAUUAAAACAAACGCACAAUCAAAUAAGAAUAGUUUUUGGUGAUAAAUCAACACUGCUUACAGCUGACGAUAUAAUUGGUAUGGAAGAGAGACCAAAUUUGUCUGAGGAGUUGCGGCGGUAUUCGUUCCAGUCCCUAGCAUUUAUUAUGUUAGAUCAUACUUAUGCACUGCCUGCUCAGAAACAACCGGUUGUAUCGACUCCUACCACUACAGUUGCAGCGGCACCUCCAGUUAUCGUAACGCCUCCACCCAAUAUUGCGCCAGUCAGUCCAUUAAAAAGGACGUCUCCUGUGAUUAUGUCUACAGCAUCAUAUGAUUUGCCAGUAGCAGUACCCACAAGCAUCUCUAGUGCUCUUAUACCUGUGUCUACUAUACAAAUGGGAGCAAUGGCUUAUAAACCUCAACCAGUGGUAGCUCAGGAAGAUGAUGCUGCUUCUGUGAUCUCAUCUAUUGAAGGCGAUAGAAGACCACCUGAACAAGGUGGCAGUGAUACGGAAACUGCUCCAGAGGGCGAAGAAGAAGGAAAAACUCGAUGCAUUUGCGAUUUCACACACGACGAUGGUUAUAUGAUAUGCUGCGAUCGAUGCGGCGAAUGGCAACAUGUAGAUUGCAUGGGUAUCGACAGACAGAACAUACCUGAUAUUUACAUGUGCGAACUCUGUCAGCCUAGACCAGUAGACCGCCGACAUGCGCGUGCCAUACAACUAAGAAAACGAGAAGAACUGAGUGCAAUAGGUGCUGCUUCUGAUACAGACUCUUCAGAGAGUAGUCGUCUACCUGGACAAAGACGUAAACGUCUUCUCACAGUGACUACUUAUACUAAUACUAGUGGAUCAUGUGUCACCACAUAUAACUCAAGUCUCCCAGUGCUACCACCUUUACCUCAACCGACUUUGACGUUACCGAAACGCGGUCCUAAAAGACCAAAAAAAGCUGAAAUUAUUAGAAAAGGGGCUAAAAGAAAAUUAGUUGAAAAAAGGGUCAAACGUAAGAAGGAAAUGAUGUUGAACAGAAACAAAUAUAACUCUAAUGUGUCUAAUCAAUCGCAUUGGCAAGAUUCAUAUGAACUCGCCAUGACUAAUCAUUAUAGUCCAGAACUUAGAGCUAAAAUAAUGAAAUAUAGUAGUAAAAUUGGUAACACACCAAAUGUAUCAUCAGCUAUAACUGCACAUUUUUGUACAACAGUCCCCCAUGCUGGUGGAAAGAUUCUUAUUGCUACUAAAGAUUUAAAAGAAAAUUCUCCAAUAAUAGAAUUAAGAGGAAAAUAUAUGCUGUCAACUCAGCACAGACCACAGUUACAGAACUCUGCUCGUGCUGGAAGCCAAAAACCUGGCCCUUUUGUAUUCUUCUACAGGCUACCUAAAGAUAAUACGCAGAUAUGCAUCGAUACAAGAACAUAUGGUAAUGAAGCUAGAUUCGUAAGGAGGUCCUGCAAGCCAAAUGCAGAAUUACAACAUUGUAUUAUAAAAGGCGCUCUACAUGUAUAUUUAGUUACUAUUGGAAUAAUACAAUCUGACACGGAAAUUACUGUUGGUCAUGAUUCUGACGGGAGCAAACAACCAUGCGCUUGUGGAAAUCCUAAGCAUUGUAAAAUUAACGGUCUUAACCCUCCUAUUGCAAGAAAAAGUGUAGAUUAUCCACCUCGAGAGAAGAGAAGCAGAAAUAGGUGCCUUAGUACUUCGUCUCCUCUUUCACCACCUGCCGAACCUGUUAUGACUCCUGUGAAAGAAUUAUUUUCAUCACCAAUUAAAAUUGAAAAGAAAUCUCCAAUUAAACAUGAAUCUUCUCCAAUGUCACCAAUAAAAACUGCUGUCACUGCACUUACUUUCGAUGAACCCAUCAAAGAGGAACCUCAUGUGGAAGAAAUUAAAACUGAAAUUGAUUUAAUAGCAAAAGAGGAGCUCAAAUUUGAAAUGAACGAACCAGACUUCGAAAAAACAGAAUUUAAAGAAGAAGAAGAAGAAGAAGUUGAAAAAGUGGAAGAAAUACCCAUACCUUUGACACCAAAACCAAUAAUAACUAAAGUAGAAGAAAUACCUGAGCCUAUUGUUGAGGAGCCUAAACCAGUAAUAGAAGAAGUUAAAGAGCCUGAAAUCAAACACGAAAAUGACAUUUUCUCAGAUGAAGAAAAACCAGAAAAGUUUAUUGAAGAAAUUAAAUCGAAGGAAAUUGAAAAAGAUAUCAAACAAGAGGACGAUAGGCCAGUAACACGAGAAAUGGCUGCAAAGUCUGCUUGCCAUGAUAGAUCAUCUCGAUCUAGUAGAACUUGUGUCAAUCAAGACUCUUUAGAUGAUAAAACUGAUGAUUCUCAAGACAAAAUUACAACAGUGUCUAAAGAAAAGGACAAAAAGAAAAUGACUCGUGAAGAACGCAAGAUGGAAGCAAUAAUGAAAGCGUUUGAGAGAAUGGAAAAAGCGCAGCAAAGGAAACAAGAAGUGAAAGAGCGACAAAAACGUAGAGAGUCUGACCCACAUCCCAGUGGUAAUGAUAGAGAUGAAGAUGAAGAAACUCAUAAUAUCACAAAGAAAAGGAGACGACGUAAAGGUCGGGCUCGGACUACAUCACAGUCGAACAGGCGUCGUUUGAAUUCAGCGGAUAGUGAUAUGGUGACUUCAGGGGACGAAGCUUCGGCCAGAAGUCCACCUCGCGCACCCUCACGACGCGACAGCGCACCAAACCCGCCAUCCUCCCCCCCGCGUGACAGACCGAUGGAGCCCGCUACAGAGGAUUUGAGUUUAAGUUCGGCGUGUCUGCUCGUCGAAGCGGCCGUCGGUUCUGUCGAAUCUGCCUUCAAACUGCCUAAAACAAAGAAAACUAUGGCGACGGAAUGGGUAGGGCGGUCGCCAGAACGGACGCCUUCACCUUACCAGUCGCCUUACAGACCGUCCUUGGUCUCGGCGCCGUCGUUAGAAAGUCUUGUUCAAGUAGCAUCAACUAUGAUCGGAGAUCUUAGCGCCGGUCAAGGUAUAGAGCACGAGGAAGACAACGCUCAGAUGUCGCCACCCCGCACACCAGGCAGAGAUAGAAACAGACCGCCCAAGAAGUCCAAGAGAAUCACUAGAAGUACACCUCCGACUGAAGUAGUAGAAGUGACACCUACUGUCAUACCUCAACAUAGUGCCAAGAAGAGAUGGCUGAGACAAGCCAUAAGUGAGGAGAGUGACUCCCCAUCUGCAGAUGUGUUUGUUUCAGAAUCACCACCAAAUGAAAUGGUGACACCAUUAAAGAAAAGAAGACUAGCGCGUGAAUCGUUGUCUUGUGAACCGAGUAAUGUUAUUGUGCCUUGUAAUGAAGAAACUUCUCCGAUGUUGACCUCUGAAGAUUCUCCAGUCAAAGAAGACCCCAAUUCUAUCAAUAGGCAAUAUAAAGUGAGAAAUAUUAUGGAAGGUAUUUACGGCAGGGAUAGAACACGAUCGGAUAGCGGUCAAGGUUCUGACGAUCAGUGCAAUAUAGACAACGAUGUGUUAAAUGUAAAUAUAAAAGGUCCUCACGAUAGUGAACACAUCAGAAGAAUAAUAGGAGUGCCUACGCCAGAAGAAGAGAUCCCGCCGGAGAUAACGAAACCGGAAGAUUUUAAAAUUAACAACAAUAAUAUAGAAAUAGACGACACCAAUUAUAAUAAAGCCGUCCCGAUGGAAAUCGACACAACAACUAUACCGCAGCCAAAAAUCCAGGAAUCUAACGAGAAUAGCAUUAGUGACAUUAAAUGUAUAGAUAGUCCAAACGACAAACCGAAUAGUUGUCAAUCCGCCGACACUAGUGGCAACUCGUCACCGCAACGCGACGAGAUGGACGACAUACAGAAGAAAAUCCACUCAUUUCACACUGAAAACAUACUCAUAUUAAAAAGUAGAAAUAAGAAACCAAAGGAGAAACGGAAGAAAGUUAAUUUAAAUUUUGAUCUCAACAUGGUGGACGACCAAAUAAGUAUACAGUUGCGCACUGAGCAGGACACGAACUCAAAAUCGCCGGAAAUAAAUGGAGAUAUUCAUGACGACUUGAGUAAUUCUAUACACGACGACAAGUUACACGUGUCUCCGGAGAACAUACCGUUACCGCCGGUGGAGUCGAUACCUCUGCCUGCACCUGAAAAUAUACCGCUACCAGAGGAGCCGAAUCCUAUGCCCCUCGUGCCGCCGCCCGAGACGAUACCGUUGCCUGAAGAACCGAUGAAACCCAUCAAACCCAUCAGGCCCGCAUCGCCGAUAAUCGAGAAACACGAAGAGAAAAAAUUGAGCAGUAUUGAGAGGCCUUCCGUCCUCGAAACGUCGACGUUACCGUUUUCAUCUCGCUUCAGCUCGACCGGAUUGUUUUCCGGCAUUUUCAGCAACAUGUCCCAAUCGUUUAACUUGGACCCCAGUCCCAUUAACGAAAACGUACCUAAUAUGUCUAUAAUAAAGAGUGCAAUAGAUAGGACUACAAGUUUAGAUAGUAAUGUAUUUGACAAGGACAGUACCACACCUGUGGAUGAACUGAAAAGCGUUCAUGAGAUAUUGACGCGAGUGAAUAAUAUGGACUCUAAUAAUAGUGUUAUACUAUCGGGGGUGUUGAAGAGUUCGAACAAGUCGAGCUUGUUGUCCACUCCAACACCGAAGCCGACGUGCAAGCCGUACUGUCCGCGCACCAAUGACCCCAGACUGAAUCCUCCGCCUGUUGAAAAACCUAAACCUAUAAGAAGGAAGCUCUCUAUAACUGAGUACCGAAAGCGUCAGUGCGGUGUACCGCAAGGUGACGAUGCGACGGCGCCGGGCCAGGGGGGCGAAGCACCCGCCGCCGGCGACUGGUCGUCGGGCUCCUCGGCCGCCGACCUCUCGCCGCAGCGACUCGACGCCGCCGCCGCCGCCGCCGUCGAUGAUCUAGAGCAACGGCUACAUAGGGAGUUGCAAGCCAUGCCUAAAGGCGUAUUCGAUGCCCAGCCCACUGCGUCUGAACGACAGCGCGAGAACCUGAGUUCCCGUCUGCGACGGGAGUUCGGUCUCGCUCUGCCCGAGGACGAAGAAGCGAGACCGCCUACAGAAAACACCGAUGGCGCUGUGGAGGCGAAGCGCUGCGACAGGUAG